AUCCUUCUUUCAAAAACCUCAUGGAUAGGCACGUAAUUAAGGAAAGUGUAGUUAACGAAAAGAAAGUAGUGCAGAGUUUUUUGAAUGUCAGUGAGCAUGUGAUAGGAACCAUGUGGCCCUCAUCAUAGGUUACAAGAACAAAGAAACUCGAGAAAAUCGAGAUUUUUUAGUGCUAAAUAGCAAGAAAAUCGACAGGAUGGGCAGCAGGUUGCCUUUAGUGGUGAUUUUGGGGUCCACCGGGACAGGAAAAACGAAAUUAUCGCUGGAAUUGGCCCAGAAAUUCGGAGGAGAAAUUAUUGGAGCCGAUUCAAUGCAGGUCUAUAAAAGUUUAGACAUUAUAACUGCCAAAGCCACUAAAGAAGAGCAGUCAGUAGCUCCACAUCAUUUAAUAGAUAUUUUGGAACCAAAUGAAACUUGUACUGUAUUAGAGUACAGAAAUAAAGCUGUCUCAAUUAUUGAUGACUUAUUUUCCAAAAAUAAAAUGCCCAUAGUAGUGGGAGGCACAAACUACUACAUUGAGUCGCUUUUAUGGAAAAUAUUGGUUGAACACACAAAUAAAUUGCUAUCUAAACCUGGCAUAUUGCCUAAUAAUGAACAAGAAUUGCCCAGCGAAGAGUUACAUAAAAAAUUAAAGUUGCUGGAUCCAGCAAUGGCGAAUCGAUUACAUCCUCAAAAUAAGAGGAAAAUAUUAAGAUCUUUGGAAGUCCUCUACCAAAAAGGUAAAAAACUGAGCGAAAUUUUUGAUGAGCAGCGCUCCUCCAAAGGGGGUUCUCUCUAUGGUGGAGGGUUAAGAUACGAAAAUGCCUUAAUUUUCUGGCUAAAAUGUGAACAAGAAACUUUGGACAAAAGACUUGACGAUAGAGUGGAUAAAAUGGUUGAAGAGGGCCUGGUAAAAGAACUGACAAGUUUUCACAGCGCCUUUAAUUUAGACAGUGAACCUGACUAUACAAGAGGUGUUUUUCAAUCGAUCGGAUUCAAGGAGUUUCAUUCCUAUUUGGUUUUGAAUGAAGAAGAAAGGAAAAGUGGAAUGGGAAUUAAAAAACUAAAUGAAGGAAUUGAGCUUCUUAAAUUGGUUACCAGAAGAUAUGCUAGGAAACAAAAUAAGUGGACAAUGAAUAGGUUUUUGGGAAGAAAUGACAGAAAGGUGCCGCCAAUCUACGCGCUGGACACCAGCGACGUGGCCUGCUGGACCUCGAACGCGACAGUGCCCGCAAUGGAUGUAGUGCAAAGUUUUAUGUGGUGCAAAGAGUGUGAGGUUAGGCCGUUGCAAAAAAUGUCGUGCAGCUCUAAACCGAACGCCGAAGACGAAACUUUUAAUUGUGAAGUGUGCGACCGAGUUUUUGUGGGAAAGUUUCAGUGGGAAGUGCACAGAAAGUCCAACAAUCACAGGAAAAGGCUGGAGGGGAGGAAAAAGCAAAAGGAGCAGGAUAAAGGAUGAAGGAUAUGAAAAAAUGUGGCACCAACUCCUGAUAUUCAUGCGAAAAUUACAAAUACUUUUCGGAUAGGAAGAUGACUAAUAAUACAUUGGAAAUGAACAUCACUUAUACGAUGUAUUUAAAUGUUAUGCUAAUGACAAUAAAAG